AUGCCUUCUCAGUCCAAAUAUGUUUUAACAUUAAGCAGCGUCCACGAUCAUAGUAUCCAUAACAGUUCUGCUGAACAAUCCGCAAGAUCAAUGUAUUUUGCUACGACACAAAUCAUUGCGAGAUUUUCGAAUAUCCAAGAAAAACACGGUGGCUUACCACUCCAAUAUACAAUUCACUUUGUCGACCAAGAGAUGCCAUAUCUACGCAUCAAACUUAUCAUUAUCCCACGUAUAUUACGAUCAAUAACGACUGCCAUAGCUUCUAUGGCGUUGUUGGACUGUGUAGUUGAACCUGAGAGUGGGAUUUUGAGGAUUUCCCGUUCAAGAGCAGGGCCUAACAUCGGUUAUACAGUCCCCCAGAUUGAGACGUUACUCAAGUAUUACUAA